ACACAAAAGAAGUGCACGUAGUUGCAUUUCGCUCGGCUCGAAUGUGACCAAAACAUUUGAGUUUUUUGACAAUAUUUCUGCCUUUUGCCCUUCUAAUCAUAACCCAAAGAAUUAACUUAAUUUCAGUGACUUUUUUUUCCAGAAUUGUAGUCCAUGUUACGGCGAGACGGGGCUCGAAUUGAGGAAGGGGAAGCCCGCUCCUGCGGCGCCAUGACGCAGCUCGCCUCCUCGUCGGUGCAGCAGCCGUGCGUCCUCCUGCAGCCGUCAAACAUGCUGAAGAGGAGAGGACGGAAAUGCAAUGUCACUGUUGACGAGGGGGUGCGGCGCUGACCAGCUCCCCAUUCACCAAAACAAAACCAGCCCAGCUCCGUUUAGCUCGCGUAAUCGCGCCAGAGAGACGUGCCGUGGAGCAGGUUGGACCGCUUCGAACCCCUGCAAACCAGCCCUCCCAAAUCUGUGUGUGUGUGUGUGUGUGUGGUGAUGGUGGGGGGAUCCAGUCCCUGCGUGGGGCUCAUCACGUCCGGAACCAGCUCGGAUUACGCAGAUUUUAAAAACCUGGUUUGGAUGCUACGCUGUGGCCUGGACAUCCCCGAGAGGAGGAUGCAGUAACCAGGGCUGCGAGCCGUGCGCUGGGUGGUGAUGAGCAGUGACAGCAGCGGUGGCAGUAGCAGCAGGGGAGGUAGGCAGCAUGCCGAGGCCACCCCCUCUCGGCACACGCCUGGACCCAAGCUGCAGGUUCAACGCUCGCUCUCGCGUGACACCAUCACCAUUCACUUCUCCGCUCUGUGCAAGGAGGAGGAUGAUGAGGAAGAGGAGCUUUAUGGACUAGACGCUGGAGGGAGACCUGGACGGGAUGAUGCAGGAAGUCUUGAGGUUCACAGGUCAAAAAAGGGGCUGGUUUUUGAAUCCGAAACCACGACGGUGACUCCUCACGCAAACGCCGCUUCUCCAGCCAUGACAAUCUUUCCCAGCUUCACCAGUCCUCAACUCAGUUCCACUCCUCCCAGCAGCUCCUCGUGGCCUUCUGAACGGCCCUUGGCCAGUCUGCCGGCCACAAGCUCCAGUUCCUCCUCACCUUGCAAGUCCACCGGGCUGUCAUCCUCCAGACCUUUCCUCAGCCUGGUCAGAUCCUUGUCCAAUGACGUCGAGGCCCGCGACCCCAUCCCGCCGACGACCACCGUGGCGCCGUCGCACGCCCGCCACAGACACUUGAUGAAAUCUUUUGUCAAGUCGCUUUCCACGGACUCGUCAAAAGCCGAGCACCAGGAAGCGUCUGUUCAGCAAGUUCUCCACCAGCCACAAGUCCAGCCGUCCCAGCGGCCCCCUCCUCGCAACAUGCAGCUCUUCAAACAGUUCUCGCAGCCUCGCCUGUCCUCCACCCCCAUCAUUGCCACUCAGGUCGGCGGAGACUCCAAAACGGCCCCCUCGUCUCCCACCAUGUCGCCAGAUGGUAGGUCCUUCUUCAAAGUUCAAGAAGUGGAAGCCAAGAUCGAAGAUACAAGGCGGCGUCUCUCCGAGGUGAUGUCAGACCCCCUGCAGCUUUUUAGUAAGAUCAUGGGCGAGGAAUCCAGCGCAGGGGGAGUAGGAAGUGGCCCCCAUCGAGCCAGGUUGCUGUCAUCAAGCGCAUCGGAGCUAAGCGGCAUGACAGCCGUCAACGGACACUCCGAAGGUUAUAACUACAGCAUCAAGGAAGAGGAGGGAGCCGAGGGGGAAGAAGAUGAAGGAACUCUCACCGGUGGAGGACCUGAUUCCGUGUUCUUCUCCUUUGCCUCGCUGACACAGGCGCCGACUCUCAACCAGACCUCCGCGUCCACCUUGGCCAGGUCCCCGUCGCUAAAUCUAGGUCGCUGCUCCAUGUCGGCCCUCGUUGCUCGUCAGGAAGACGAGGAUUUUUGUGAGCUUUACAGCGAAGACUUUGACUUGUGUACUGACACGGAGACUCCGGACGGGGAUCGCCCUGGAUCCCGGGGCCUCCAUACUGGCAGCACCGGGUUGUGUAGCGAAGUGGAUAUUGAGGAGGAAGAAGAGGAGGAGGAAGUGGAAACUGUGCCUUGGAUUGGUCUGGUCUACAUGACACAGUUGGUGUACUGGUACUUAGUCCUUCCGCUACCACAGUAUGCAUGCGCGGUGGCCCACGGGAUAUUUGCAGGCUUUACCUUGGCCAUUCUAGUCCUUUGGCUGUCAGCUCCACGGCGCUCCUAUUUGGGAACGAGGAAGCAAAGACACAGGAGGGAACCUUGGAAUGUGUCCCAGUUCGAAAUCAAAGAACCAGGCCUAUUCAAGGGCUGGAUGAACGAGAUCCACAACUACGACCCGGAGAUGUACCACGCCACCCUGACACACUCAGUGUACGUACGCCUCGAAGGUUCCGUCCUGCGACUCUCAAAACCAAACCGCAACAUCUCCCGCCGAGCCACUCACAACGAGCCCAAACCCGACGUCACCUACAUCAGCCAGAAGAUCUACGACCUGACUGACAGCAAGAUCUACCUGAUGCCACAGAGCCUAGCGAGAAAAAGAGUUUGGAACAAGAAGUACCCUGUUUGCAUUGAGCUGGCCAAGCAGGAUGACUUCAUGUCCAAGGCCCAUGGAGAGAAGGCCGAAGAGGACAAACUGACAACGCAGGGUGAGAAAACAGAGCAAGUGGAGUACAAGGUUGAAAAAACCGAAGCAUCCGCGGACGAGCAGAAGAAGCCGGCGCCCGGAGGAGGGGAUCUGACAAUCUACCUUUUUGGGAGGACGGGGCGGGAAAAAGAGGAGUGGUUCCGGAGAUUUCUGCUCGCGUCCCAGAUGAAGUCUGACGGGCGAGGCGGCAGUCUGCCCAAAAGUGCCUUGCAGCCCCCCCACAGCCACAGCAACCAGUCUGUGGGCGGCCAGGAGGCAGACGGCGGAAACAGUGACGAGCUAUGCCACCCUCCGCCUCGCCACCGAGAGAGCUCGUCGGCUUCCUCCUGCGGGCCUGCCACAGGCGUGAGGCAGAAGAUGCUCUUGGACUACAACCUGUAUAUGGCCAAGUAUGUCCACCCCCAGCCUGCACCCACAAGCCCGGCCGCCGCCCAGAGCCCAGGACAUAGCCCUGACAGAAGCCCGCAAACUAACCAAAAGGUGCCCAGGAGCUCAGAUGAGGCAGCUGAACCAGAAGCUUGGGUCAACGCUUUUCUGGGAAGAAUAUUCUGGGACUUCCUGGGAGAGAAAUACUGGGCCAACGUCGUCUCCAAAAAGAUUCAAAUGAAGCUCAGUAAGAUCCGGCUGCCAUAUGUUAUGAAUGAGCUCACGUUAACGGAACUCGACAUGGGCGUCUCCAUUCCCAAAAUUCUCGGAGCCUCCAGACCCUCGAUGGACCACCAAGGAUUGUGGUUUGAUCUGGAAGUCUCCUACACGGGCUCCUUCCUCAUGACUCUGGAGACCAAGAUGAACCUCGCCCGUCUGGGCAAGGAGGGCGAGGGCCUCAGCGAGCACGGCAAGGAAUGGGCAAGGCCACGCACGUAUUGUCUGGCGGAUAGCGACGAGGAGUCGUCCAGUGCUGGUUCCUCAGAUGAGGAGGAUCCUCCGGAGCUUUUCAGUGACAAAACUGUUCUCCCUGGAAGCGAAGUCUAUGUGGGAGGCCACAGGCCCAGCAAGAUCAUGCGCUUUGUGGACAAGAUCGCCAAGUCCAAGUACUUCCAGAAGGCUACAGAGACAGAGUUCAUCAAGAAGAAGAUGGAGGAGGUGGCCAACACGCCUCUGCUACUCACCGUGGAGGUGCAGGAGUGUCGAGGGACUCUUGCUGUCAACAUACCACCGCCUCCUACAGACAGGAUAUGGUACGGUUUUCGUAGUCCACCUCACCUGGAGCUCAAAGCGCGGCCAAAGCUCGGAGAGAGGGAGGUCACGCUUGUCCAUGUGACGGAUUGGAUUGAGAAGAAACUAGAUCAGGAGUUUCAGAAAAUAUUUGUCAUGCCAAACAUGGAUGACUUGUGGUUACCCAUCAUGCACUCUGCCAUGGACACACGUUCAAAUGCCAGCUCGAUUAGCGAGUCAAAUGAUGCCUUGAGGGGCCCGGAACCUGAAGAGUCUGAGGUCUCAUACAUAUGAAGAAGACGUCGAGUCCGCUGUCUUUCGCCAUGGCAAUACAUUGACGCCGCACCCCCGAGGGUGAGUUGGUGUCUAUGCGGCUCAGAAUGAUCCAUUUGUGGCCAAUUUCAAAAGACUGGGCGUCUACUGUUUACCAAACGUACGUAUUGGCGUUUUGACAAAUUGAUUGAAUAGGAACCAUCAACCUGUGAUGUACAGCUUCACCAAACUUGAGUUGUACAGUAUCUAUUUUUGGGACUUUUCCGAUUGUUUGCAAAAGGUUUGUCAACCCGAGUGGGUAAAUAUUUGCGGGAAUGAAGAGAAAAUAACUCCCGUGUCCAUAUGUGUACACAAAUUUCUGUCACUCAUCAUUGCUACCUGUGCCUGGCACGUGUAUUCAGACAGGUCAAUGGCGACAUAAAAGUGAGCGUCGAUGCAGUUCCAGGCUGUAAUGCUUUCAACUGAAACCUUAUUUUAACGUAUGGAAAAAGGACUUUAAAAAUGAGAGCGUGGUACGAAUUUCAAUGUACAGUAUGUGCAUACACAGCAGCCAAAACCUUUGCCGAAAUCUGAUGAAUGUGUUUAUAUGAGUUUGCUCAUUCACCUGACGACGUGCUUCUUAGAAACAACUUUUCAUUCAAAAGCCAGGGAUGCGUUUUUUAUUGCCAAAGCAUUCUUUCACUCCGGCUUGAAGGGUAAUUGGUGGUGAAUGUCAAAAGUGUGCUUGCUUUGAAAUCUGUACUUGCCAGACUGAUAGUCAUCUGCGGGGGUAUUUUUAUUUAUUUUGUCAGAUCAGCAGAAUAUGAAAAACUUUUUUUUUGGGGGGGGGGGUCAAAAAUGUGCUCAUCUGGAUUCUAGCCAUAUUUUUUCAGUAGAAUUCUAGACGGUGAAAACAUGCAGCAGCCAGCCAGCCAACAAAUACUUACUUUGCCAUUCAAAAACUCGCUGUUUACUGCGUAGCGUGCGCACAACUAAAGUGACGAUUCAUCUGUCAAUGUUUAGUUGCCUUAAAGGCCAUUUUGUUUCUCCAAGUGUCGGUUAUGUGUAUAAGGCAGAAAGUGCCUUUAUAAUAAUCAAACAUUCCUCCACAGUGAACCAUUUUUUGCAGCCAUGCUUAAAAAAAAAGGGGAAAAAUGUGCCAUUAUUGUUGUACAAAUUGUUUGCACUGUGAAGAAACAUUGCUGUUGUGUUCAGUGAUGUCCGAAUGUUAUGGUUCAGGUCAUUGUGGAUCAAUUAAAAAAAGAUUUUGCUCCGAUAAAUGGGCGUCAUAAUUGAUAAAGAUGACCAUGAGGAAAAGGG